AUGGAAGCUCGGGAGUCAAUAGAUGUAAAGAUGGUAGUGGAAGAAUCAGGAGUAGAGACGAAUUUAAUUUCAGGUACCGAGUGCACUACUGAAAAUACAAAUUUAACUCUUGAGGCCCGAGAAAAUGCAGUAGUUGAUCAGAAAGAUGAAUCGAUGAAACUAAAACAGUCGGAACUGGAAGUGGAUCACGAAUUAAUUUGUAUUGAUUUCUUUUUGAGAUACAUUUCAAAUCUGUAUCCUUUAUGGGCAGAAUAUGGAGAUAACUUAAUGUUUCAUAUAGCUCAAAUAUAUGGAGCUAUUAGCAAAGAAGAGUUCAGACCAUACUUGCAGAUAAUAGAAUGUAUUGGAUUGAAGAUGAACGAAAAAAUGAAACCUGAUCAUUAUAAAACUAUUUCCAGUGAGUUAAAUCGUAAAACUAGAUCUAGUAAUUCUAUAAUUGAUAACCAGGGAUAUCCUCUGGAUAUCGAGAAGUGUGAUUCCCAGGUUUGUAUUCGUGCAAUUUCUCAUUUAGACUCUUAUAGGGAGUGGUUGGAUGGAAUGCUAACUGGGACUGAUUGUAGAUUAGAGUCUGUAUCUCAAGUUUCUGAAAGUCUAGAGGGACAGAUUGGAAAACCAAUUAGUGAAUGGAAGCCAGCCAAUUUAACUGGAGAAUUGGUGCUUCCUCUAGUUUAUCAGGCAUAUGUCACAAUGGAAAUAAAACGUGGAGGAGAUCCUGGUCAAAAUGGUAGACAUGUAGAGGACUUUAGCUCUGCUGUAACUGAGAAAUCUGGAGGUUUAAACAAUUUAGGGAAGUCCAGCGUACCCAACAACUCACCAUCCAAAGUGGGAAAUGAAGUUGGUGUUACUUAUGAGAAAAAUAGAGAUCGCUGGGUUGCAGUUUGGACAGAGAAUGGUAUUAGAAGAAGCCGGAUUUUUAAUGUUAAACAGUAUGGUUAUGACACAGCAAGAGAAAUGGCUAUUCAGUAUAGAAGAGAACAACUUGCUAAUAUUAACAACAAAAUUCCGACUGUAACUCCUGUGCAAGCCGUCAGAACUAACAAGAGAAGCAGAAGAUCCAUAGAAGGAACAGGCCGUUCAGGAAGGACAUCUCCUUCAGCAUAUAAUACAAGAAACUCCUCUUUAGAUGCAAUAAGCUUACAAAAUCCUGAUUUUGAGGUAUUUUAUGAUCAAGAAAAGGAUUCAUGGAUUUGUAGAAACUCUGUAAAUACUCUAGAACAAGAAACUCUCUUUUCUGUUGAAGAAUUUGGUACAGAAAAGGCGAGACAGCUUGCAAUAGAAAAAGCAGGUGGUUUGGCUGAUGAGACAUCAUUUACACCAGUAAAAAAAGUUUCUUCUAGAGCUUCAGCUUCAAAAGGAACAUUAUUUACUCCGAAAAGAAAGGAUUCUCAAGGUACUGAUGGUACCGCAUUAAAUGUCUCAGGAGAAGGACAUGCAACAUCAUCUUCAUCAUUUAGAAUAAGGAUUGCAACAAAUGCUUCAAAUUCAAAGGGUGAACAAGGAUCAGGCCAAUUUGGGAAUGGUACUCAGAAUUUUUCUUCUGAGCAAAAUACAGGAGGCAGAUCAGAAUCAAGGAAAUCUGCCUCUGGGGAGGAGUUUUUGGUAUACCACGGAAAAAAGUACUAUUUUGGGCCUGUGAUCGAGGGAAUACGUUAUGAUAAGAUCCAGAAUAGGUGGGUGACCGGCUAUGUUGGACAGGAUGGGAGGAAACGUUAUAAAUAUUUCAGUAUUGGAGCUUACGGAUUUGAAGGGUCCCGUCAGCUUGCUAUAGAAUAUAGAGAAAGUAUGUACUCAAGUACAAAAGGUGUUGAUAAACUAAGUGAGUUCCUACAGACUGUGAUUCAAGGAUUUCCUGCACAUGAAGAUGGAGUUCUGCAAGAUGUCUCAUUUGAAGAUUUAACGAUACAUAAGGGUCAAUUAAAGGAUGGAUCAGAAAGAUGUUAUCUCUGUAUUCCAUCAAAAGGAGACUUUUUGGUGACAACUCCAACAGAUCCGGGGGAUGAACAGGUGAAUUUUCUACUUAAUAGGUAUAGAUCAGUUUUACAAAAUAAUGGAGGUAAGGAAGAACACCUACUUAAGGAGUCUAUUUUGGCUUGUGUUAGGUCAGACCUUAAGUCGCCCUCAGCUUUGAUAAAUUCUAGCCUCGACACAAUUACACAAAAAGGAGAGAAUUUAGGGAUUCCAACAGAAAUUCAAAACGAGACUGAAGUUUCAAUUAGAUCGGAGGACGUAGUGAUGCAAGAUCUUGAGAAGAAAAAAGAAGGUGAUGAUAAAGUUGUCAAAAUACUAAUAAACUCAACAAACGAGACUUUAAAGAAAGAAGGUAGACAAGAGGAGUUAAUCCAGAGUUUAAAGGAGGAUCCAGGCAAGAAAAUAGAUGAAGGAAGUUUAUUAAGUGCUAGUCCUGUGGUAAACUUGGAUUUUUCAAAGGGCAUUGAAGAGCCUUUAGGUUCUCCUUCAAAAAUGGGAACCCCAUCUUCUAGAAGUACGGACUCUAUACAUGAUUGUAUUGUAACUACAUAUGACGACUCAAUGUUUAUAGAAAUUGAAGAUAAAUCGUCCCCUAAUGGACGAAAAAGAUUUUUUAUUGGCCCAGAAAUUGAUGGAGUUUCGUAUAACCCUACAAUACAUCGCUGGGUUACUCAAUAUGACAUAGAUGGGGUUUCCAUGACCAAAAACUUUAGUGUAAAAAGUUAUGGUUUUGAGAAGUCCAGAUAUUUGGCAAUCCAGUGGAGAAUUAAAUAUAAUGGAGAGCCUUCCCAGCUAAGUCAACUCGUCCGAGCUCUCCAUGACCAGGGAAUAGAGUAUCCUCCAAAGUGA